CCACCAAAGAAGGGAAGCAAAAUACCAGCCGUGCUUUUGCUUGCUGCUGCUGCCAUUGGUUCCACUGUGUUUGCCACCACCUACCAAAAGAAUGGUAUGUCUAGCAAUGCUCGUGAGGUAACCAAGCCACAACCGGUCUUCAAGGACGGCGAGGUUUCCGUUAUUUUCGUGCUUGGCGGUCCAGGGGCCGGUAAGGGCACCCAGUGUGCCAACUUAGUCCGUGACUACGGCUUUGUGCAUCUUUCCGCUGGCGAUUUGUUGAGAGCCGAGCAGACCAGAGAGGGUUCCAAGUACGGUGAGUUGAUUGCUCAGCACAUCCGCGAUGGUCUUAUCGUCCCACAGGAAGUAACUAUUGCUUUAUUGGAGCAGUCCAUCAAGGAAAACCUCGCCAAGGGCUCCAAAAGAUUCUUGGUGGACGGGUUCCCAAGAAAGAUGGACCAGGCGAUCACCUUUGAGGAGCAGAUUGCCAAGUCAUCUUUCACCUUGUUCUUUGAGUGUCCAGAAAACGUCAUGUUGGAAAGAUUGUUGGAGAGAGGGAAGAGCAGUGGCAGAGCCGACGACAAUAUCGAGAGCAUCAAGAAGAGGUUCAGAGUGUUUAUCGAAACCUCCAUGCCGGUUGUCGACUACUUCCAGAAGCAGGACAGGGUUGUCAAAGUGGCCUGCAACCAGCCAGUGGAUGAGGUCUACGCCGAGGUUCAGAAUGCCUUGAAGACCAAG